AUGGUUAUUCUUUCCGUUUGGAUUGGCCAUUGCGAUCCACUUAUUGAUUUAUGGUUAAGUGAAUGUUUACAACAGCUGAAGAUUCUCAAAGAUACAGGUGUUCCAACUCGAUCUGGUAUAAAUUACAAACUGGUAGUUUAUGGACUUACAGGUGAUUGCCCUGCAAUCAAGCUUGCAACGAAACAUGUUAAUCAUCAAGGUUACUGGUGUUGUUGGUUUUGCUACAUACAAGGUAUUCAUAUUGAUAACAAAAGACAAUAUUAUUUCCAAAAUGAACUUGUUCUUCGAUCAACAGCUGAAUAUGCACAUUAUUCAGAGAAAGCAGAAAGAACAAACAAAAAUAUAUUUGGUCAUCUUGGUGUCUCUCCUCUUGCUACCGUUUUUAAUAUCCCUUUACCACGUUGUUUAAUUAUUGACUAUAUGCAUGUGUCGCUUCUUCGUCAUACACGCACUGUUAUUCAAUAUCUUUAUCAAAAAUAUUUAAAACCAAAACAAAGAAAUGAGCUAGAUGAGCUUUUUCGUCAUCAACCUUUUCCCCAUUUUUGCAACCGUAAAAUGCGUCCCGUUAAAGAAUUUUCGUAUAUCAAAGCAACAGAAUUGCGAAAUAUGUUAUUAUAUGGUCUGCUGCCGCUCAUUCGAUCAUUUCUGCCUGUUGAUUUAGCUGCUCAUUUAUCACUUUAUGUAACAGCAAUGCGGUUACUGCAUGGACCUCGUAAACUUGGUGAUGAUACAGAAAUUGUAGCUAAUGAAUUGAUGAACGCUUACUAUAAAGAUCAUCAAUUGUUCUAUAUAAAUAUUCAACAUUUUGCUUUACAUCUACAUUGUCAUUUGGCGGAUCAAUAUUAUUUGCAUGGCAGUUUAUCUAAUCUGGGUGUUUUUGGUCAAGAAUCAUUGUUGGGGCACUUUGCUAAAAGUCGGCAUGGAACACGUAAUUUUGGAGAAUUAAUUACAAACAACUACAAUUCGAAUUGUUCUUCACGUGCAAUAACAAAAGCUAUGCUUUAA